AUGAUUUCUACUAUCAUUCGGUUGAUACUUGUUGGAGCUGCCGCGGCGUUCCUCGUUGCGGCAUCUAAUAGCAACCAAAAUCUGACUGUACCGGAACAAGUGUCCUCCUGUCAGCUCGAGUUUCAUCCCACCAACAACACCGUCACUGUGGGUGGAGUGCCAUGGUUGGCAUUGGGUCAUGCCUGUGUCCGAUUGGAUGGUCAGGAGUUUUGUCGCAACCUGAGCAGCAGUCCUCCUCUCUUUCAUCAGCCUACUACUCGAUCACGGCUUGACACGGAUCCCUUGGGAAACUUUCAAGAAACAGCAUCCACACUCCACAUGGGCAAUCAGAAGCAGAAAAAAGAAUGGGAGGUUUUCUAUCGAGACUACUACAACCACCAUGAAAAUGGAAUGAAGCGGGACACGACGACUCUUGUCUUUGGACAAUCCUUUCCGACGACACUCCACCAAACCGCAUUCCCCGCCAAUACCACAACAGACGCGGCAAAUCUCGGAGUGGCGUCUUUGUUUCCGUCCUUUCGAAUUCUUGCUCCUCAAAGUAAAAUGGGGUUUAUCGAAUUGCACGGACAAAUGGCAGGACACGAAUCCUAUCGGAUCGACACCAUCGAUGCCUUGGCACAACGAGAAGAACUACUCAAAGGAGGUCCUCUGGCAUUGUUCACCCCGCAGUGCAUGGUAAUUUUGUCCACGGCAUCAUCCUUCAUGUCCACCAGUCCCGUCUUUCGAAACGACCUGCAAGAGUACGGAUUUGGUGUCAUGGGAUCCAUACCCGAAAUUCCCAAGGGACAUAACUUAUCCGUCAUAUUGUCCUCGUCUCCCAUUCUUCCAAAGCAGCAUGCUGGCCCGGACAGGAUCCGACAAGCCUUUCAACAAUGGGGUGCCAAAUUGCAAAAACUCUACAAGACAUCCCGUCCGAGACUAAAUGACAAGACAUUGCAAUAUCUACAGUACAACACGGACAAUGGAGCCUUUUACUAUCAUCAAACCACGGAACAGGAACAACCAGACGACAACAAGCACAAGCAGAAUAAGACCUAUCAACAAACGAUACUUGACUUGAAACGACACGCCCAAGCUGCGGGAUUGCCCAUUCGCAAUUGGUUGGCCGAUUCGUGGUGGUACUAUCAGGGACGCGGGGGUGGCGUCAAGACAUGGGAGGCUCGUCCCGAUGUCUUUCCCGAUGGAUUGGAGUACAUUCAGAAACAGACGCAUUGGGACAUUGUGGCACACAAUCGGUAUUGGUCGGCCGAUAAUACAUAUGCCAAACAAAAUGGAGGCGACUACGAAUUCAUCAUGGAAGACUUGCGUUCGACUGCCACCAAAACAACGCCCACGGCCAUUCCAGUGGAAACGCGGUUUUGGAUGGACCUAUUCCAGUCUGCCCAAGAACGCUGGGGGUUGACUGUCUACGAACAAGAUUGGAUGGACGUGCAAAUGGAAAAUAUGGAUUACUUGCUGCAAAACGUAUCGAGUGCACAAACGUGGUUGACCCAAAUGGGACAAGCCGCCAAACAACGUCGCCUGCCAAUGCAAUGGUGCAUGACGUGGCCCCGGCAUGUCCUGCAAUCGUUGACUUGUGAUCAAGUCACGCAGGCACGGGCAUCGGGAGACUACCGUCCUUCGCUGGGGCGACGAAACUGGGAUAUGGGAGUCUCGGGUGGCAUGUUUUUGGAUGCCCUAGACAUUGCACCACUCAAGGAUAGCUUUUGGAGUUCAUCGGUACCGCAGAAUCACUCCUACCAUUACGACGGGGGGCUUCACAAUCAGGAAGUGGCCUCACGAUUGCAUUCCGUGGUUGCCACUUACUCGACCGGGACAGUAUCCCCGUCGGAUAGCAUGCUUCAUUGGAAUGUCAGUCGCAUCAUGCAGUCGUGUGCGGCCGAUGGAAGACUGUUGCAACCGGAUCUACCAGCGGCUCCCACCGACACGACAAUUCUCGAAGCGGCAGGACUCUUCAAGCCGCUGCACGAUGAAAUCCGCCAUGGCAAACCAAAACGACGACAAGUCUGGAGUACCAUGACAAACCUUUCCGGGUACACUUACACGUAUCUGUUGGCGAUUGAGAGUCCGUCCUUUGCAUUGACAAAAGCCGACCUGUAUCAAUCUCAAAGCAACAACAAUACUCGAGGCAACGUUGUGUGGGAGCUAGACACCAACACAUUUGCACCCACCACAACACUGCCGGUGAGGGUCCCUCAAAGCACCGAAACGGACAUUCACGUCUAUGCCGUCGCACCCAUGCUGCCGAAUGGCUAUUGCUUUUUGGGCGAAGCCGAAACGAAAUGGACCCCUGUCAGUCAAGCUCGCUUUUCCGGGCUGGCAGUCACAUCGACUGGAUUCGGCGUCAAUGUGCGAGGAGCACCAUCGGAAGUGGCGCAGUUGGUGAUUCGCAAGCCUUCCAUGCACAGCGAAGAAGAUGACGAGUAUAUUCGAGUUGCAUGCAAGAUUCCUUCCUCUGGCAUGGCAGUCUUUUCGAGCCAAGACAUGUCAUGUGGAUCCCCGUCUGCGAUGGAAUAG